GUUGUUCACGCAACCGUAGCAACAGUGAUCAGGAAACAAGUACGUUUGUUUCCUCGCUGACGUGAACGCGCUUCCGUGGGCAUUUUCCUGGCGCUGCAGCCUGAGAGCACUUCUAGAGGUACUGGACUGGAUAACUCGCUAAUUACAUGGUCUCAAAGUCGUAAUUAGUUUCAAAGGCACGCACUGCAGCGGUGUAUCUUCAGGUGUCUUCUCAUCUCCAAAGCCUGUCCCCUGCACUUAAAAAGGAGUGUUGCCAUGGUGGAUGUGAGUAAGUGGCCUCUCUUCACCCUCUUGAGUGCACAGGAGCUCGCCUCCAUACGACAGGCAUGCAUCUUUGGAGCAUCUGCUAAUGAGGCCAUCUACAUCACCCACAGUGACGAAGUAUAUGUGUUAGGUGUAAACUGCAGUAACUGUCUGGGCACUGGAGACAGUCAGAGCACCAUUGUUCCUAAAAAGCUGGACUGUCUGAGUGGGAAGAAGCUGGUCAGUUUGAGCUAUGGCAGUGGUCCUCAUGUUCUGCUGGCCACAGAAGAGGGGGAGUUGUAUGCAUGGGGGCAUAAUGGAUACAGUCAGCUGGGCAAUGGGACGACCAAUCAAGGUGUGUCUCCCGUUCUGGUGUCUGCUAACCUGCAGAACAAGAGGGUGACUGAGGUGGCCUGCGGUUCUCACCACUCUUUGGCUCUGACCCAUGAGGGUGAGGUGUUUGCGUGGGGCUACAACAACUGUGGUCAGGUGGGUUCAGGGUCCACUGCCAACCAGCCAACACCCCGUAAGGUGUCCAACUGCCUGCAGAACAAAGUGAUGGUCAGUAUAGCCUGUGGACAGACUUCGUCCAUGGCUGUGGCGGAUAAUGGUGAGGUUUAUGGCUGGGGUUACAAUGGUAAUGGCCAGCUGGGGUUGGGAAACAAUGGGAACCAGCUGACUCCAUGUCGUCUGAUUGCACUACAAGGCCUCUGUGUGCUGCAGAUUGCAUCAGGUUACGCUCAUUCUCUAGCGCUGACUGACGAGGGCCUGCUGUUUGCAUGGGGGGCCAACACUUACGGCCAGCUGGGCACCGGCAACAAAAGCAACCAGCUCAGUCCUGUACAGGUCAUGACUGAGAAAGAAAGGAUCGUGGAGAUCGCCGCCUGUCACUCCACACACACCUCUGCGGCAAAGACCCAGAGCGGUCAGGUGUACAUGUGGGGGCAGUGCCGCGGACAGCCCAUCGUGCUGCCACACCUCACGCACUUCACCAGCACGGACGACGUCUUCGCCUGCUUCGCCACGCCCUCUGUCAUGUGGCGGCUGCUUACCAUGGAGCAUGAUGAUUUCCUGACUGUGGCCCAGUCUCUUAAAAAAGAGUUUGACAAUCCAGAGACCUCUGACCUCAAAUUCAGCAUCGACGGGAAGUACAUCCACGUCCAUAAAGCUGUUCUCAAAAUCAGGUGUGAGCACUUCAGAUCAAUGUUUCAGUCACACUGGAAUGAGGAUAUGAAGGAGGUGAUUGAGAUCGACCAGUUCUCGUAUCCAGUGUACCGCUCUUUCCUGGAGUUCCUCUACACUGACAGUGUAGAUCUUCCUCCUGAGGAUGCCAUCGGGCUACUGGAUCUGGCAACCUCAUACUGUGAAAACAGGCUGAAGAAGUUGUGCCAGCAUAUCAUAAAGAGAGGCAUCACGGUGGAGAACGCCUUCUCUCUGCUGUCUGCUGCCAUCAGAUAUGAUGCUGAGGAUCUAGAGGAGUUCUGUUUUAAAUUCUGUGUGAACCACUUGACUGAGGUCACGCAGACCGCUGCGUUCUGGCAGAUCGACGGCAACAUGCUGAAGGAGUUUAUCUGCAGAGCCAGCCACUGUGGAGCCUUCAAAAACUGAAUCUGACGGCCACCAGACACACACACACACACACACACACACACACACACACACACACACACACACACACACACACACACACACACACACACACACACACUCACACUCUCUGUAUUAUUCAAGGAAGCCAUCUGUUACUGCAGUCAGUCCUCUUCACAGCUAGCGGGCGCUGUUACAGCAGGCGGUCAUGUACACAGCGCCGCCUGUUGAACGUGAGAGAAACUCUUUUCAUAAUGGUCAAUGUCAUGAUGAAGGGUCAAUGUCUGUGUUACCUCAUUCUCAUGUACAACCAUUUUCAUUUUAGGUUUUACACAACUUUUUGGAAAAGACAUGUCGCCUGGUACUAGUAACAAAGUCUAGUGCUGCAGAUGAGAUGAGAAUAGUGUUUGCAUAAUAAAGUCAGAGAAAGUUUGGGACAAAAAGAUGCAUAAUUCAACUGUAUUACUUAAACAUGCACCACUGAAAAACAGACCUUGUACUUUUCUGCAGGUAUUAUUGAAUAGAGGUCACUAAUUACUUUGUUUUCUUGCUGUGAUGCAGGGCAUUACAGAUUGCUCUUUUUUUUUUUUUUUUUAAUUGUAUUGUAUUGGCUGGGAUCUGUAAACGUGCAUUAUAUUGGCUUACAGUCAGCAGACCUUAUUAAUGUGGCCCCUUAUAUUGCACACUCACUCAUUUUUAUAUAAAUGUUAUUGACCAAAAGAAGUUUUGCUUGAUUUGAGUCUUAAAACCUGGGUGUAGUUUGGUCUAACCUAUCAGAGACUUCAGACCACUGUUUGCUCUUGAGUAGUUUAGAAGGUGUUGGUGCUGUGAAUUACAGAAGCAGCAUGUACAACAAUGACUGUUGCACUUAAUCAGUCUGAUGUUUAAGAUUUGCUCAAAUAUAAAGAGUAUUAUUCAUAGUUGCACUAGUAGUUUCCUUUACAGCUGCUCAUACUAGAGGAUUUGUAUCCAUUUUUUUUUUUUAUAGGUGUGAAACACUUAUAUGACAUAAUACUAAUGCCUGUGGUAAGAUUUUUUUUUUUUUUUUUUUUUUUACAUAUUAACCAACUGUAUUUUUGUUUUUCACUUGUACAUACUGUACAGUUUUUGCAUUAGUUUUGUAAAUUAAUCUGUAUAAUCUGUUUUUGAGAAAAUAUCCAGUUUCUCUUGUAAGUUAUAAAAACUGAACCUUUAAAGAUAAAUAAAGCUUUUCUUAUAAGUUG